UCAAGAAAGUAGAUGGACGACGGACGGAUCCUGUCAUUCGAUGGUUGAGAACAUACACCAAAUAAAUACCAACAAGAAGGAAUCACGAAAGAAACAAGAAAAGGGGAGAUAUCAGGAAUAUCGAGCCAAAACACCAACACACACAUACACACAUUCGCCAGCAUGAGAAUCCCACCACCAGACGUACUGGCCCAAUGGCCAGCACCAAACUACGUCAACCCCGAAAGCCGAGGACCGGGCCUCACCAUUAUCGAACUCAUCAUGCUUCCGCUCUCUCUCAUGUUCCUCGGUCUCCGUCUCUACGUGCGCGGUCGCCUCCUACGCAAAACGGGAUGGGAUGACUGGUUCAUGAUCAUCGCCUCGAUCUUCGGCACCACCGUCUCCAUCUGCGUCAUCCUCGCCUACACCACUUUCGGCUGGGACAAGCACAUCUGGGACCUAACCGUGACCGAAAUCUCCCAUGGGCGCAAGAUCUCCAUGGCCACACAAGCCGUCUUCAUCAUGUCCUCCUGCUUCUCCAAAGUCUCCAUCCUAGUGUCCUACCUCGCCCUGGCGCCCAUGGACUCGUGGUUCCGCCGCCUGACCAAAGUCUCCAUGGUCUUUAUCAUCGCCAUGAACUGCGGCUCCUUCAUCCUGCUCUUCACACAAUGCCACCCCGUGUCCUCGUACUGGAGCCUGGUCCAGUCCAACAGCACCGACUGCAUCCAAGAGUACGCGCCGCUCAUGACGCACGCCAUCGUCACUGCUCUCGCAGAUUUCAUUGUGUGGGUCUUGCCGCUCCCGACCUUUUUCCGGGCGCAUAUCCCCAUUCACCAGCGCAUUAUUCUCGUGGUGCUGUUUAGUUUUGGCUUGUUGGUCGUCUUUGCUGCGUGCAUAAGAAUGUACUGGGUCCAUUAUGUCGUGUGGGAGACGUGGGAUCCGACGUGGGAGGGCAACCAGCUGUGGGCGUGGACGGCGGUGGAGAUCCAUUUGGGCAUCAUGUGUGGGUGUGUCCCGUAUUUCAAGAGUUUGUUUCGGUUUUGGAAGGGCAAGACUUCGAGAAGAGGGACGAGUAAUAAGGGAACUUCGCAGAGUUGGGCGGGCAGUAGACGAGAUGGUGGCGGUGCGGGUGUAGGUGGAAGUAGUAAGAUUGGUGAUGAGCAGCAGCGGCAGGGGCAAAACUCGAGGGUGGAGGUUAGAAAGGUCAUCAGCUUUUCGAGUGAGAGGAGCGAGGAGCCGUUGAGUCCGACCAUGGGGACUGCGUGUACUGUGAGUGUGGAUGGUGUGGAGGAGAUUGAACUGCAGGAGAAGAGGACGAGUGCGUUCAGUACCGUGUCGAGGGAGGUCGAGGAUCAGAAGGGUGGACAUGCUCACCAGGGAGAGUGGGGCUUUGAGUUUGAUGGGGCGAGGGGGGUGCAGCAUAGCAAGAGCUUGUCGGCGGAGACUAGACAGCUUAGUCGACUCAACCAGCCACAACACGGACAGAUAUCCAAGAUGCCACCACAAGGUCGCAAACGCCAACGGACUGAAAUCGAACCCGAACCCGGACCGCGACGUCCAUCUACCUCCCCCGACCGACAAUCUUCCCCAGAAAUCCUCGAGCAAGAAGAGUCGCGACCACCGUUCUACAACACCACCUUCUCGACGCACCGUGUCUCGCCUCUUUACCUUGGCAAACAACCGCUGGACCGGGAACGAUUACAGGCCCUUUCACAACGAUUGCGCGAAAUACUAGUCGGGGAUGUUGUCCGUGGCGUUGAGGUUGGGUUGGGAAGAGCAGACGGAGAGGAUGGCGUGAUGGGAAGAGCCGGGGCGUUAGAGUACGUCGACAUUCGAUGGGUUAACAUGGGCGCCGUACUGGAUAUCACCAGCCCCGAAACAAAUGAUAGCGAGGGCGAGCAUGAAGAUGCCACACGACGAACAGACCUCGACUGGCCAGGACUUGUCUCCGAUCUUAAAGACAAGAAGGCCCUCCACAUCCUCCUCCGGUAUGAAACCGCCGAAUGCACCGCGCUGCUCCUCCCAUCCUCCUCAGAUCAACAACAAGCAGACCUACCAACGAACCAAUCCACCAUCUCCAACUCCCAACCCACCGACCCUCCAAACCCCGCCCACUUCCUCCACCUCCCUCUCCUCCUACUCCGGAUGCCCGCCCCUCUCAAAUCAGUAAUCAGCGACUUCCUCUCCACAACCUUCGACUGCCGCGUUAGUCCUCUCCGUCUCGGCACUCGGAGUCUCGUUCAGUCAUGGGAAUCAUGGAUUCGCACAGCCGGGCUACCCGAAAAAGGACCACUAGCCAAGGACGUGGUCCUUAAUCUUGGAAUCUACAUCCCACCACCGGAAAACAAAGGAACCGCCACUGACGCCACUCCCGCCGCAGGAGAAGACAAAGAUGGAACACCCGGCCAGGAACCGCUGGGGAUAAAGGGCAUUGAUGUCAUUAUUCCUGCUGCUGAUGUGCGGGGGUUUGUCCGGGCUGGGAAGCAGAUGCAGGGCGAUAAAGACAAGGAAAAGGAAAAAGGGAAGGGCAAAACCAAGGAAAAGCAGACGUGGGAGAUGGAUGUCAAGAAACGACGAAAGUUGGCUGGUCGGCUGGGAGAGGAAGGGUGGGAGUGGAGGACUGCUGUCUCUGGAGCUAAUCAGACGGAGGAAUCACCGUUUACGGAAGCUCUAGGUCGGUAUGUGGAUAAGCACCUGGGGUUGAACUUGUUUCAUCCGGGCGUGAGGGUGACGAAGAUUGCGUGUGGGGGGUUCGUCAUGUCAGAAGGGAGACUAAAGGUGUUUGCGCCGAGGGAGGAGGGAGGACAGAGGCAAAGGGCAGCAGUGUGGAAGUUGGUUUCGGGGUUGGUUGGGAAGGCUGAGGGUGGCAAGGCGUUGGCGUAAUGACUGAUCUCUAUGAGACAUCAGUCAAUCAGAGUACAGUAGUCGUCCCCUUCAGCCUUGCUCGUUAUUCUUUUCUCGGUUACCGCUAGCCUUGCGUGGCUAGUUCUUGAUACCCAAAUGCAACUGCUCUGUUCU